AUGUUGUUAAAACGUACACUUUUCGCUACUUUUGUAGCCUUUUCUCUACUCGCGUUAUGUCUCAACGCAACUACCACCUCUCCCCCAGCAUCUGUCGAUUUAAAGCAAAAACUUGGUGGCACCAUUGAAUUUUUUGGUUCUGUUACGUCUUUAGUUAAGGGUUCUGGACAAUUUACUAAAGGUAUCGAUAAAAAUAUCCCCGGGGAUUACUUUAUAGGAAUUAAGGGGAAGUUUAAAAAAAAAUCCUUUGAGGAGUUGGGUAUAGAAAUUGUAGAACCUGGUACCUCAAGUUUUACGUUGGAUGUCAAAGCACCUAUCAUCGGCUAUCUUUUAACCGUUUAUCAAAAUACGUCUAUUAUCGCUAAGGGACGAAUUAGGAGAAUUAAGUAG